AUGAACUUCAGUGAACAUAAUUUAUCCGAAGCGAUAGGAGCGACAACGCAAGAACGACCACAACAGCAAACUCAUCCAGCUCCACAAAUGUUUGACGCCUUCCAUCAAUCACCUCACGGUGAAUUCAAACCCACCUUUUAUAACCCGUUUGAGGUAAAGCACAGACGCCGUACUUCUCGUCAACAGUUGAAAGUUCUUGAAAAGGCCUUCAACGAAAAUCCAAAACCCCAUGCUGCUGUUCGUCAAGCGUUGGCUCAAAAGUUAAACAUGACAUCUCGUGGCGUGCAAGUUUGGUUUCAAAACCGACGUGCAAAAGCAAAAAAACAAAAGUCUGUUGACGACAAUCCUUCCCCUGAGAGUAACCCUGAAGGAUUGACAGUAUCCAGUCCAAGCGACUCUUUGGAAACACUCUACGCUGCGGACUCGACGGUAGCCGAAAAUGUUGGUCAGGAAAGCAUCGAAAGUGAUUCAUCAACCGAUGAUAACAGUGAUCAAGCAUUAGCCGAUAGUAAUGUCAACAGUCCAAAUGCAGUUUAUUGCGAGACGUUCUUUGUGGACCAAGCGAAACCAGUCGAUGAGAUUCUUGACCAAGAAACGGAAAACGAUCAAUUGCCAAAGAGAUCUCGUCAAAAGCCAAACAUCAAUCCCCUAAAGACUAGUUGGGAUACACCCGAAGAAUAUGAACACAUGGUUCAGCGUAGGCAGAUUCACGACGGCGAGUGGAACAUAUCUUCAGCAUCGACCGUGACAUCAUCCGAUUAUGUUUACGAUCACAUGGACAAUAUUAUCCCUUUAUCUACCCCUCAAUCCGCUGUUACGAUCUCGGAUUACUUCCCAGAAUACAACACGUACAGUCCAACCGUCAGUUCUGUGAUUAGCGACAAAGAUGCGAUUGACUGCAAUGAGCCCAUGCACCCUGCCUAUGCCAAUACACGUCGUAAUUCAUGUCCCGAGUUGAUGGCAUCGAUCCUUAACAUGAAGCUCGGUACGCCCGAAGAAAAAAGAUCUCUUUCGACAAUUAUCGAGGAUGAGACGUUAUAUAAUGAUUCAAAUAUGUCUCAAUUUUUGGCUGUACCAGCACAGGUCAAGCGUCGGUUUUCCGAACCCAUAAACAAGUACAAUAUGCCCAAUGUUUCGGGAUUCCCUUCUGAACACGGUCAAGAGUUGGGAACGACCAUGCCAAGCAUGACAUCCAAUCAGGCCUCCUUUGCAUUCAACUUAAGUCCAAUGUUGAACGCCAACCACUCGCACGAUGCUAAUCCUCACACUGCUCCAGAAUUGCUCCGGGGUCACAGUUUUGAUUCGACUGUUUGGUCCGCUUUGAAAGGACGACCAAUGUGGAAUUUUGGUUUGGACUUUAAACCCACCAAAUUGCCCAUUGUAGAUACCACCGAACUAAAAGUGACAGGUUCUGGUACGCUUGACGUAACUCAUUGGACGCAUAAUGCCGACGCGAAUUCGGUUAAUUCGAGUAUGAACGUGGCAAUGGCCGAUGACAUUAGGUUCAUGCAUCAUCUAUAUGACAACUCGAAUAAUCAAGUUGUCUGA